AUGUCUCGGGUCCAACAGUAUUGGCUUCCAGGAUACGGUCUCUCCCGCCAUAUUGUCCUAGGUCAUAUCCAUUACUUUCUUGGUCCAAGUGCAUCGGUUCGACCGUUUAGUUACCAGGAACAAAUCGAUGAUCUGGCAGUCAUGUCCCGAGAAUAUGAACAGCAGGAAGCUGUACGCAUGACGAGUCAAGCUCCAAGUAUCUAUGCUGGUGGCUAUGGUGAUUCUCCAUCUCGACACUCCUCGGAACCGUAUAUCAACGAAUUGAUCCCGGUUGAGAACUCUCGUCCGCGCCGUCGCACGGAUCAGGAGUCCAGUGGAGGCCGUUGA